AUGCUGCUGAUAACGGCUUCAAUUUCAGUAAUUAUUCUCUCAAUUUUCAUCUUUAAAAGAAGCCGAAACAUCGGCAGCAAUAUUGCAUUCUUCCAUCCUUAUUGCAACGCAGGCGGUGGCGGUGAGCGAGUUCUUUGGACUGCUAUACAAGGUAUACAAUCACUCACUCCCAACAUUCAUGUACUCGUUUACACCGGUGACUCUGAUUCGAAGCAAACGCUUAUAAACAAUGCCAAAACCAAAAUGUCAAUAGAUUUAAACCCACAGACGAUUCAUUUCGUCAGACUUCGCUGUCGUUUCCUCGUAGAUGAUAAGUCCUGGCCUUAUUUCACCUUACUGGGCCAAGCGAUAGGCAGUACUAUAUUGAUUAUCGAGGCUCUAUAUCGUAAAAAUGAUUUCUCUGUCUUCAUAGAUACUAUGGGUUACGCUUUCACAUACCCAAUUGUUAGGCUAGUUAAAUCAAGGGCACGUAUCGUUGCCUAUACUCAUUAUCCAACGAUAUCCUCAGACAUGGUCUCCAGAGUAGAAAAGCGCCAUAAUGAUAUCACAAACUCGUCAACUAUCACCUCCUCAAAUAUUUUAAGUCGGGGGAAGCUUAUAUACUAUCACGCUCUCAUUAGUGCUUACUCAUUCUGCCUUAAAACUUGUGAUGUCAAUAUGGCCAAUUCAAGCUGGACUGGUAAUCACAUUCGCAAUCUAAUCAACCGUGAGGUCAAAGUCGUCUAUCCGCCUUGUGAUACGGUCGCUUUGAGGGAUUUUUCGUUAGAGGGAAGGCGGAAAAGUAUUUUAUGCGUUGCGCAAUUCAGGCCUGAGAAAGCUCACAGUACUCAAAUAAAGGCAUUCAAAGAAUUGCGAGACUCACAUACAAACCACAAAGACUCUAAACUGAUUUUACUUGGAAGUGCACGUAAUCAGGAUGACUUGAAUAGAGUAGAACAUCUAAAGUCGCUAGCUAAGUCUUUGGGUGUAGAUUCUAGCACUGAAUUCAUCGUGAAUGCUUCCUUUAAAGUGCUGCUGCAUAGUCUAUCAACUGCAAGCAUCGGUAUCAAUACAAUGGUUGACGAGCAUUUCGGUAUAAAUGUAGUAGAAUAUAUGGCUGCUGGACUGAUACCACUUGCUCAUGCCUCGGCCGGCCCAUUGCUCGACAUUAUCGUAGACUACAAGGGAUCAAAGACUGGUUAUCAUGCGCGUGAAGUGAAGGAGUUCUCUGAGCGAAUGAACGAUAUUUUCAAUCUAAGUGAGCAUGAUGCAAUACAAGUGAGACAAAGAGCGCGUGAGUCUGUUAUGGAGAGGCUUUCUGAUAAGACUUUCAAUGGAAAUUUCCUGGAUGCACUCAAUUAA